AUGAUAUUAGAUGAACGCAAUAUGCCAGUGAUACCUGGCACCCAACUACCUGAAGAAGAAGCCCAGGAAUUGAGAAUGAUUGUAGCAGACUUGUUAAAUCGUAGGAACGUCAACUUCCCAGGAUCUCAACCUGUUUCCUUCGAAAGAUUCCAUUUGCGUGAAAAUUUGAUGAAGAAAGACUAUUUCGUAUGUGAAAAGUCUGAUGGAUUGAGAUGUCUUUUGUUCAUAAUCGAUCAUCCAGAGAAGGGUGAAGGAGUUUUUUUGAUCACUAGAGAAAAUGAUUAUCAUCACAUACCCAAUAUUCAUUUCCCAUUGACAAAGAAUGAAGAUAAAGGAAGAACUUAUCAUCAUGGUACGCUACUUGAUGGGGAAUUGGUGUUGGAAACUAAGAAUGUCAGUGAACCUUACUUGAGGUAUUGUAUUUUCGAUGCAUUGGCCAUUCAUGGAAAAGAUAUAACUAAACGUCACUUAUCCACCAGAUUGGGAUACAUCACUGAGAAUGUAAUGAAACCUUUUGAUAACUUCAAAAUCAAAAACCCCGAGAUCGUUAACUCACCAAACUUCCCUUUCAAAGUAAGUUUCAAGAUUAUGACGUCAAGUUAUCAUGCUGAUGAUGUUUUGAGUAAAAAAGAUCAAUUAUUCCAUGAAUCUGAUGGUUUGAUUUAUACUUGCGCUGAAACUCCUUAUGUGUUUGGUACCGAUGCCACAUUAUUGAAAUGGAAACCAGCUCAUGAAAAUACCAUCGAUUAUAAGUUGGAAAUUGAAUUCAAUAAAUAUCAAGACCCUGAUAUGGAUCCCAGAGAUCCCGACUCAACAUAUAUUGAUUAUGAUUCCAAACCUGACGUGUUAAAUUUGAAAGUAUGGAAGGGAGGAAAAGAAUAUGAACAUUUCACCAGAUUGGAUUUGGAAAAUACUGACUGGGAACAAUUGAAGGCUUUGAAUGAGCCUUUACAAGGAAGAAUCAUUGAAUGUAGGAAAAAAUUGGACAAACCUGGAUUCUGGGAAAUGCUCAGAUUCCGUAAUGAUAAAUCCAACGCCAACCACUUCACUACAGUAGAGAAAGUCUUAAUGAGUAUUCAAGAUGGUGUAACAGAAGAAGAAAUUGUGAAUAGUUGUGGGGAAAUUUCCAAGGCAUGGAAGUCUAGACAUUUGAAACGUGAACAACAAAACGGACAACCUCCAUCUCAUCACCCACCACAACAUAAUCAGGAACAUGCCAAUGGUCAUGCUCAUCCUGAAAGAGAAGACAGUGAUGCCAAAAGACGUAAAGUUGAAGAAACUUUUGACGAAAUACCAACUUAUGAAGACAGCGACGACGAGUAG